AUUUUUAUGGAGGAAUAAUCUUUUUGCGGCAGACUGAUGUUUCAUAUGGAACGGACCAGCAUUCUCUGCUCUGUCGGUAUUUGCGAUUCAGUUGUUUCGCAACUGCCAGAGGUCACCCCAAUCCGUCCUGUCGGCAGCCCCCCUUGUCAAUUUUGCCGGCGUGUAUUAACUCGUAGUAGUUCAUUCUACCUCUCGACUACCACUCAGCCAACUUGCCAUGCUCCUGACCUUGUUCGUCAUACUGUGAUUGCUUUCUUCCUCUCCUCUGGACAAUGGGUCGCCGUCUCCUGUAAGGACUGUGGAUACAAGACCGCCAUAUAAUUAACCCUCAACUCGCCGUCGGUAAAGUCUUCUGCCUCUACUGAAGGGUAGCUAACAUGCGUCCAUUUUCAUCUGGAAGUACCGAGGAGGAUUCUUACUUUCGAGGGAACAACCCAGCCUGGCGGAGGAGGUGCAUGUGCACCCCCUUCACCGAGGGUUUCUCGUACACGGGCGUGUCUCGCGGACGGACAGCGAGUUGAUUUCUCCGCUCUGCCGAACUUUCUCAGUUCUUUGUCCUCCUGUUUGGUCAGUUGCUGGCCACUUUCUAAAACUUCAACGUUUCAGUUGGGUCUCCUAGAAGUUGAGAAGCUCCUCAUUUCCCCUGCAAACCUGAUCUCGUCUUCCACUCUUGCGUUUUUCUUCCCGGGUAUUUCUUCCUGGAGAGAGUCUCGGCAAAGGCAAAGUCUGUUUAGGCCUCCCAUCUAGGCUACGUGCUGCUCCAGGAAAUGGAGCAGUUCGGUGGUCCAAGCGGGUUCAUGCCUCCCGCAUCGUAUACCGCGCCGCUGGGCAAGUACCCUACCAAGCAGCCGUCUGCUGCUUAUCCUAGUGACGGAGGGCGUCACGCCACUAAGGAGAAUCCGAGACCAGCAGAAGGACAGGCUUCCCGCCAGAGCAGCUCUGUACCAUCCGCGAUGGCGUCAAAACCCAUCCAAGAUCCAGAGGGACAUUCCGCACAGCCCACCUCGAGCUAUUGCAGAGCGCAGACACCGCGGUCGACGCCGCUCCCCGUGGCUCUGGACGAAGAGGCGCGACUCUCUCAAUAUGAAGUGAUUAGACAGAUUGGUGCAGGACGAUUUGGAGAGGUUUUCAUUAUCCGCCAUAAAGCGACAAAGGCCCUCCUCUGUUGGAAGCUGGUAUUUUACAAAGGCCUGAGGGAGAAGGAGAAGAAACAGCUUGUGUCGGAAGUGAACGUCAUGCGCGAGCUCCGCCACGCAAACAUUGUGCGGUACCACGAUCGCAUUGUCUGCCGAUCGAGGCAGUGCCUGUACAUCGUUAUGGAAUAUUGCGACGCUGGAGAUCUCGCGAAGCAGAUCGAAGCCGCUCACAAACACCAUGGAGGCAUUGACCAAGACCGAAUCGUUCUGGUCGUCGUCCAGCUGAUCCAUGCCCUCGCCUAUUGCCACGAGGGUGUCGGCCAGGAGAGACGCCGUGUACUGCACCGGGAUCUGAAGCCCUGCAAUAUCUUUCUGGCGUCCCACCCCGAGUAUCCGGACGACUCGUCUCGAUGCAUUGCGAAGCUCGGAGACUUCGGGCUGUCUAGACACCUAAACAUGCAUUCGAUGGCCCAUUCGUGCGUGGGGACGCCAUACUACUGGUCGCCAGAACUUCUUGAAGACGGCCAGAAGACCUACAACGUGAAAAGCGACAUGUGGGCGCUCGGCUGUGUAAUCUACGAAAUGUGCACUGGGAAGACGCCCUUCGCGCAGGCGCAAACAAUGCCCCAGCUCAAGGAGAGAGUGCGAUGCGGGCCUGUUCUGCCGGUCCCGGGGUUCUCCGACUCCCUCAAUGCUCUCAUGGCGUCUCUGCUCCAGCCAAAUCCGAACAACCGGCCCUCGGCUCUCCAGUGUCUGGGGUACACGAUCUUUCGCGGCUGUUCGUACACCCCGCCUCCUCUGUACCGUUCUUCGUCUGCUCCUUCGUGGACUCCGAGAAACGCCUCGCCCGCUCGCGGGUCCCCGUCUUCUGCCGUCUCCACUGUCUCUACUGUCACAACUUCUCCUGGCUCAUCCUCGAGGACCUCCUUCAGCGCUCCGUCUUCGCACGAUGCGGCAGCCAGCUCGCCAGCCAGUGCCUCUGCUUCCAGUCGCUAUCAGCACCAGCGGUCCUCGUCGUAUUCUUCGGAUUCCGCAGGACCUAGCGGCGCGUCUGCGCCUUCUCAGAAGGCGCCAGGCCCCGGGAGGCCGCCGGAGACUCCCUCGCGAGAGAGUUUCGAUCUCGCCAGCAAAGCACGGCCGGGCUUCUUCGCCGAGGCGCCACCACCCCACGCGUUUGCUGAGGCCAGUCCUCCGGAGUCGCAUGCGUCGGAGUUUCUGCCGCCCGCGAACGGGGCCGCCAACGAAGCGCGAAACGAACGAACGCAGAGAGACAGAACGCGCCGGGCCGCCUCAGCCACUGCAGCCGCGGCGGUCUCGGCCUUCGAGCGUCAGCAACGCGAGGGCCGGUCGAUGAGUCCCGAUCCUUCAGCGCCCCUGGCCUCGAUUGAAGAGGAAGAAGAAGGAGAGGGCGACGACGCCGGCUGCGGCAGCCUCGGGAGCGGGAGUGGGGUGACGCGCCGGAUGCCAGGGGCAUCGCUGAACCGAGAAGACCGAAGAGAAGCUCCAGGACUCCGCCAUGCCGACACCCACAAGAGAGACGACCGGGACGGGGCCAUCUGGACAGGACGAAGAGAAGAGGCGCCGUUUUCGAGGCCAGGGUCGGAGUUGGCGAGAGAUUUCGGCGCGGCGUCGCAAAACAAGGUCGACACCAGCCGGUUCUCCGGCGCUUCGUCGGGAAAGCCAAGGCCUGGCAACCCACAAAAUGAAGACCGAGCCUCGUUCGCUUCUGACACUUCGGCCCGCCAAACUGUUUACCUCUCAGGCCUCUCGCGCCGGUGCAGCGAACCUCCGGCGGCGUUCCACUCUGCCGUCUCGCCCUGGGACCCGGCGCCUCCGCGGCUGUCCUCUGCCGCGUCUUCCUCUUCCUCGUCGCGAGCGGUGUCACCUUCCUCUCUCAGGCGCGCCUCGUCGCGAGAAAUGAAAUACCCCACAGACGACCGGCCUGCUGUCGCUGCAGGGUCCAGUGGAGUUGCCCUCGCUCGGGCAGAGCGAGGCCCUGAGCCCGGCGCGCCCUGGGGCAACGAGGAGACAGAGGGCCUGCAUGUGCAUGGUCGGCCCUCUGCGGCGCCAGCGAGCUCCUUCUCUUCAGAGCGAACUUCGCGGCCUGGCCACCCGGACGAGGCUCGGGAGUCGGAACACUGCUUCCAGGGACGGGGGAGAUUCGCUGAGGCGGAGGCCAGCCCCGCGACAGAGGGGAAAGAUCCGAGAGACAGUGGCUUCGAGGAGAGAAGCGGCCGGCGAGAUGAAGGAAGGACCGACGGAGGCGAAGCGCAGAGUUUCGGCUACUGGCCGAACGGACGGUCGGACGAGGCCCGGGACCGGCUGGGCGCGCCGUCCGUGUCUCCCUUUUCAUCCAAACGGAUCACCCGAAGAAGCUCCACAGCCGCGGGUCUGUCCACUUACGCCUCUCCGAGCGAUCCCGCUCCCUCGGCUCGCGCACCGGCGGAGUGGAGACGCGGAGCCGCUGGCUCCUCGACUGUAUCGGCUGCCGGCGCAUGCGGUAGAUUUCUUCCCUCUCCUAGGUCAUGGCAAGGCAACGAGAAAUCGUUUCCUUCCUCAUCCGACCACCCGUCUGCGUACCCUGCUCUCCCGCACCCCGCCGCUCCCGCGUACCCGGAGCCUGGAGCCCAGGCCAGCAACCAGUUUCCUCGGCGUCGCCAGUCAGCCUUUCCGAGUGUGAAGCGCCUGGACUACGAAGAAGAGCACGCGUCGAGCGCUUGCCUCCCGACGCUGCUGUCUCCGCGGUUCCCUCACCACCCCGUCUCGCGGCCCGCGGGCGGCGUGUCUCCUCGCAGCUCGCAGAGACAGGCCCUGGCCCCGACUCUGGCAGGCAUGACCUUCGAGCGCAGACUGUCCGCGGGACCGCUUUCUUCAGCUCCGUUUUCCGCUCCACAAGAAAGGACGACGCGUCUGGUCGGGCAUCGCCAUGCUCUCGCAGCUGACGCCGAACGGGCAGAGGCCCCGUUCUCUCACGCGUUUCGCCCUGGCCACCACGACCGGACUCCUGUCGGAGCGCGUCGCGUGCCGCCUCGAGCGGAGACGCCAGGUGUCUCCUUGGAUCCCGGAUUCCGGACUGGCGGGCCUUUGGACCGCGGCCCCGUGGGCUCUGGAGGCCUGGAGGGACAGUCGUUCGACUUCGCCCACCCGACGCAUGCGUCUUCGGAGAAGAAGGAAGCCGAGACCGAGUGGAGCAAUCCGACAGCGCCUGUCUUCUACUCGCCUCGGUCGCCCCGCAACGAUCUUCCCCCUGGGGACGGGGCAAGGAGCCCGUACUCUGCACAUCUUCGCCCCGGUGUCUCCGAGGCCUGCUCGUCCUUCUCGGUCCCUCCGACCGAGAGAUACGAGGACGACAAAAACAGCCAUCACGCCGGGUCAGGCGGAGCUUUCUCUCCGCCUACGUUUGGGUCUCCGACGCCAGGACCUGUCCCCGUGGGGAACGAACGCACCUUCGGGAGAAAUCCGAGUCCGGCUGCUACAUGUGCAUCCUUCUCUGCCAAAACUGGCCUCCGAACCCCGGCACCAAACGGCCUGGCAGGCGACAGUGGGGCGUUCCGGUCGACCAAUUCUCUGCAGCGGACUCCGAUGUCCCGGCGGGUGAGCGCCCCGUUUGGCGCUGGCUCUGCGGAAGGCGCCACUGCGUUUGGUUCCCGGUACGCGUCGUCGGGAAGCUUUUCAAAGAAAUUUCCGCAAGGCAGCAGCAGCGGUGUGCACGAAGGCGGCGGGGCCUUUGGCCGGAGACAGGAAGGGGACGUUUCGCGUGUGGAUGCGCAUGGCUCUGUGUCUCCUCGUUCGUUUUCGUUUUUGCAAAGAUCCGACGCCCCGCUUUCUCGAGGUCAACCGGAGGGGAGUCACUUCCAGAAGCAUGGCGAGACAAGGGCGUCUCCCGACUUUGCGCGGAAAGGUGACAGCACGCAGACGCACGCUUCUGGCGGAAGAGACUUCUCCCAAAGCGGGCCUUUCGAGACGCAGGACUUCACUUUCGGCGAACAACCGACGCGAGAAACCAGGCACAUGGCACCAUCGCCGAGAGGAAUCGAGAGAGGAGGCCCGCAGGGGUCCUUCGUCGGACAUGAUACCUCUUUUUCGGUGUACGCGCCACGGGCAGGACAUGCGGAAGGCGUCGAAUCCGGGUGUUCUGCGUUCGAGGCGCCCUCGGAGUCUCUGUCUCGACGAGACGGCGAAGCAGACAGAGAGAACACCGUCCCCAACGCUAACGGCCAGAUGCCCGUGAGUGGCAUGCCUGCCAGCAAGCAAACGUACGGAGACGACUGCGACUUGUACGAUAAUAGUGCGUGGACCGCACAGAAACAUGCGCCAGAGAACUUCCACGCUGCUGUCGCGCCGUAUCCGUCGUCCCUGUUGACUGGUUUCGCGGAGGGCCAGCAGAAAGCUGCGUCGCGGUCUUCGUGCUUGGGCGGUGACAGAUAGACUGGAGGGGGCCGAGAGAAGUCUUAGAUAGCCAGAGGUUCCAUUUCUUUCGGAAAACGGGGAUGAAACACACAGACUUGGACGAGGAGACAGCACCAGCGCACAAGAGGCUCUUCAACCCUCUUCGUCUCUGAGUUUUGCUCCCUUUUCGCGGUUCCUGUUCGUGGUAGACGCUACGCACGGCAGAGGAUUUGCCUGUGCUGGGACCUCGCGGGCAAACUGUCUUCGUGCAGAACGAGAGGCACGGGCAUGGAUGUCGGGGAUAAAGGGAAAAAGUUCUCUGUUGGGUUAGUAGAUCUUGCUUUCCAUUCUACUGUCUUUCCAAUUUUUGCAUUUGCCUUCUCGGAAUGGCUUGCGCAUGCCUUAGUUGCGUCACGUGUAGAUGUCGCGAAAGCCGUCGAACUAUCGAGCAGGCUGUUUUAGCGGGGCUUUCAGCCGUUAAAACCUUUUUCGGUUGAUUUGCUCGAAACGACGGGUUCAACCAUACGACGGUGAACCGCAGCUUCAUGGUGACGUAGGCGCCCAAAAGCGCCGCUGCCUUGCAGCGGAACCAUGCCCGGGUCGCCUGUGCCACUGAGCAAAAAACAUUAGCCACAUGCACAUGCAUACGAACAAAGCCGUGUAUUCUGUUGGUUUUCUGACCAUUCUAAACGCUCCCCGAGCUUUCUGCGGUCCCUUCAGGUCGUGUGGGGGGGGGGGUGCGACGUAGAACAGUUGAAAUCUGUAUUCUGGACGCUCUUCGAUGGCGUACCUGUACGUUCGGAAUUUGUGAGGGUGCACGCACAGCUUAGGCGGGAGGUAGCCUCUCGGAAGCUGGUGUCGGCAUACGUCCCCUCGCAAGCAAACAAAACUGGUGUUUAUAAAGAAUUUGAGUGAGACCUGCCUACGUCACCUUUUCCGCGAUUUCUUGACCGUUCAAAAACUUUCGCGGAUCGAAGAGGGGGCAACCUGCGCAGGCAAGCUGCCAUCUACGGGCACCUGUACACGUCUGCAUAUCUAUGCCUAUCAACCUACAGUGUGCAGUGAAUGAUGCCAAGAGAGGUUCUGACCUUGCUGCGAAACUGGCC